AUGCCCGUCUGUGGAUCUUCGCACAUCCGCACGGAGGCCGAAGAGAAGGCACAUCUCUCUGCUGGCUCCCAAGUCGGCCCGUUUCAAGAUUCGCGUCCACAAUCCUCGCAGCCCACCAUCACAUCCGCGGUGGCUGCCGAUCCUACCCUGCCACCGUCACAGGCCGCGAAGCAUCUCUUCCCCUCCCCCUCUGCUGCCAAACGCGGAAUCCUCCGUUUCAAAAUCAAGGAGCAGCUCGAAGAGGGUAGACACAAACAUUGGGUUUGGGACAAGGGAGCAGUUCAUCAUGGCAAUCGCGAGCCCGAUGACGACGAGCUCGAGCGUGUUCGACUCCGUUUCGGAUACAAGUCGACGGCAGAAGGUGGACCAUCCCGACUCUACCUCAUGAUCCUCGCCGACUGCCUGCUCCCGCUACCUCGCAAUCCCAUGUCCGGCGUCGUCUCGCCUCCCCUCCUCGCUACAACGGGCAUUGCGCCGCUUUCCAUCUUUUCGACCGGCCCCGACAUCAUUGGUCACUAUUUCGAUUGCAUCGUUGCAGCACGCCGUGAGGUCAUCCUUCUCACAAACUACUGGCAGGGCGGAAAAAACGUUGAUCGCAUCGCUGAGGCGCUUCUUGAGCUCAACAACCGUGUUCAAAAGCGGCGUAAGCUCAAAGCCCUCGAGGCUCGACGCAAAGGACAAACUGGCGCCGCUGCCAAUCCAUCCGACCCACCACAACAAGAAAAGGCCGCCAAGCAGCAGAACCAGUUGCUGGAGGAGCAAGGUGCACCCGGCUCCAACGCUCGGACGGAAAACGAUCGUGACGGACCCGAGAACGACGUUGACGAUGACGGCAUCGAGCUCGGUCCCCCCACCGCCGAAGAGCGCAUCGUCGUCAAGCUCAUGUGGGAUCGAGGCCCUCAAACCUUGGCUGACCUCUUCCGUCUGCGCAAACCCGUCCCUCCCAGCAUGUGGAAGACGAAUGGUCUCCCCACCGAGAGCGAGAUCCCCAACUUGACCAUGGAGAUCCUCAACUAUCAUCGUCCCUUGAUGGGCACCUUCCAUGCGAAGCUCCUCAUUGUCGACCGCCAAGUAGCCCUCAUCAACUCGAACAAUAUCCAGGACCGUCCCAACGUCGAAGCCUGCGUCCGUCUCGAGGGUGACAUUGUCAAUUCAAUCUACGACCAUGCGCUCAUCAGCUGGGGUAAUCAACUCCACCCUCCGCUACCUUGCCUGACUGCACCUGCGCCCGUAGCACCCUCUCCUUCCGCCUUCAUGACCGGCAGCGAGAGUACGCUUCCGUCGCUUACGGUGGAAAAGCUCAAGCAGCUGGCACUCAACGUCAGACAACGUCUGCACGACGAAGACACCGCCACCGAAGUCGAAAAGGAGAGGAGCAUGCAGAGCCCCAUCGGGUUCCACUUCGGCGAUGUCGUCGACCAGGUCAUGCGUCGCGACAGCUUUGGCUCCAAGGGUGCUGCUCCGCCCAUUCGUCUGGCCCCCACCGAGCAUCAUGUCGAUGGCGAGAGGGCCGCUCGCAAUGCAGGUGCGCUGUGGGCGCAAAAGGUGCUCGGUGAACGCUUCAGCCAUUUCCAGAGCGGCAAUUUGCAGAAGCCUGAGAAGGCAGAGACCGAGCCGCAGCCUUCCGAAAAAUCCGAGCCCGCGCAUCCCCCGCACCAAAGGAAACACUUUGCCGACAUUGUCGAAGCGCUCAUGAAGAAGGAAGGCGCCAAGCCACCGGCAUGGGCCGAGGGCGCGCUCGAGGUGUUUGGUCUCGGCCAGAGUAGUUCCAAGAACGUCGCGCAGGAGGUGAGACGCAAUCCGCGACCCAAGACGACGCUGGCAUCGGGUGUCAAUGUGCCCACAGCCGUGGCAGAGGAAGAUCACGCCGAGCAGCCUGACUGGCGCAGAUCCAUCGAAGCCGAAGAGGAGAGCCUUGAUGACGCUCCCAGCCACACGGCGAUCGACGAGGGCUCUGGCAGCCCCAAGGCUGCCCUCAGCAGCGUUGGUAGCGAGGAAGCUGCUAGCAAGGCCGCGGCUCCGUCGGAAUCGAGCACGACCCCUGUUGCCCCUGCUCUCAACACCGAGAUCUUCAAUACUAAGCAAGAGGCCACAACCGGCGCCAAGACCGAGCCCCAGUCUCCUGGCGGUAAAGACGACGAUGGUGUUCCUGGCUCUGUCGGAUACCGGCGAGUGCACCGCCGCACGCUGUCGCAAAUUUCGAAGUCUUCAGCGGCUGAGCGAUUGACGGCGAUCACCAAAUCGCUCGACUUCGCCAACAACUCGAAAGUGCAAGGCGAGAUCAAGACCGAGCAGCUGUCGGACGAAAAUAUCGCUGCGCUCAACGAUGUGUUGGAUUUCCAGCCUUACGUCUUCCACAAGCCGCAUGAGCCCGUUCCCAUGGCACUGGUCAAUCGACGUCCGCACGGCACGCCAGGGCAUUCCGACAUCCGCAACCCGCAAGACGCGGCGUGGUUGGCCGGAUUCCGUUAUGCCAAGAAGCACAUUUUCAUCCAAUCGCCCACGCUGAAUGCUUCGCCGAUCAAGGCGGCUGUGUUGGCCGCUGUACGCAGGCACGUCAAGGUGGAGCUGUGGCUGGAUUUAGGGUUCAACGACAAGUCAGAGUCGAUGCCGUUCCAGGGUGGUACGAACGAGCAGGUGGUCACGGCGUUCUACAGGCAGCUGCGUCAAGAGGGGAAGGGGGAUGAGAAGUACCUUGAGGUGUACUGGUACACGGGCAAGGACAUGACGCGCCCGCUGAAUGCUGUGAGGAAGCAGCGUAACUGUCAUGUCAAGUUUGCGGCGUUUGAUGGGCAGGUGGCGGUGCUGGGCAGUGGAAACCAGGAUACGCAGUCGUGGUUCCACUCGCAGGAGAUCAAUGUCAUGGUGGACUCGAAGCAGAUUGUGGACGAGUGGAUGGCCGCGCUGAACAGGAACCAGAGUACGAAGCUGUACGGCAUGGUGGAUCAGAGGGAUGGCAUUUGGAGAGGCAGGGAUGGACAGGAGUUGGUGGACACGGGUAAGGAUCAGGCCAAGGCCCCAACCACGCCGCAGAACGGGAGCGCGCAGAAUGGGGCCGCGCAGAAUGGCUCGCCUACACCUUCGACAGGUCUCAAGGCUUAG